AUGGCCGUCGUCGUAGUGCAGGAUCGACGGUUUGCUCUACAGAAGCUUAUUCCCUCGAUUUUUGACACUGUUAUUGGCACGCUUUAUUUAGCACUCUCCUGCAAUGUUUGGAUUGGGUUCAUAUUUGCUUUGACCGCAUUGGCUUACUUCGUCGUUACCAUCUUAAUGGUUAAAUACUGCAUCAAAAUCGCAUUAGUCACCUGGCGGCCGAACGGCGGCGUAGAAGCGGUCGUUACAGGCUUUCCGGCGAACGUAUCCGGGAUGAGCGAUAGCGGAGAACCGUCUGGUGUUUUACUGCUGUUCCACUUGUUACAUGCCUUGGUCUUGACAGCAGGAUUUGUGUCCGGAUUAUUAUGCGGCUCCUACUUGGUGUUUUCCAACGAAGGCAAUUCGCCUUCGUGCUCAGUUGGGGACCUCAUUGCUUUUUCCGUCCUACUGGUGCUGGUAGUUCAGUCAUUGCAUUCGCUUCGGGCCUACAUUCUGACGAUGUUGCAGUGUACAUUGGAAUCGCAGCAGAUAUUUAGUCUUUUCCGCAGUCUCUUGGUUAGAGCAGUGCUGCACGAGGCCGCUUUCAGUGGUGCUCUGGGGAGCCAGAGCGUUUUUAAUACGAUCAAAGAGGACUCUACAACCAUCAAUACCGUCAAUGCGGUCGAAUUUUUCGGAAUAGGCUCACCGGGAAGCGGCAAGACCACAAUCGCACGUUUGAUCCGUGGCGUCAUCGACGACUACGAAGGUGAUAUCAUGGUUUGCGGUGAAAAUAUCCGAAACAUUCCGCUGUUAGCAUUACAAAAGAAAGUUGCAGUUAUUACUCCUGAUCUUGUGGCCUUCAACCAUACGGUUAGAUCUGGUAUCGAGGACGGCAAGUUCGACAGUGGUGUCAGACUCGAUAAUGGAGAAGUGGAGGCGAUUGGCAGUUUGGCGAACAGUUCGAACGUGACUUCAUCGUAUUUUGCAGAUGAUGCGGGAGUCGAUGGACAGAAUCCGGAUCAGCGAAACAGAAAUACGCGGCUGCGCCUUACGAUCAGUCUGGCUCUUUUUAACAAUUCACCAGUUAUCUUUGUCGAUCAGGUGGUUUGCGGUGAGACUGUAAACGGAGAAUUCGUUAAAGGCAACUGGCGAAAGAUUUUCACUGGCAAAACUAUCGUCAUCCUCACUGAUCAGGUUUCUGAUGCUCUUCACUGUGACAUGAUUUUUGUGCUGAAAGACGGACAAAUCGUUGAACAAGGAAGGUGA